AUGGCCCAAGAACGCACCGUCGCAUUCAUCGGAUGCGUCGCAGGAAACAUGGGCGGUGCAAUUCUCCAUGGCAUCCUCGACGCAGCUUUCGCAACUGAAUCUUCACAAUCACGACCUGUUUCUCGCUUUGUCGCGUGCACGAAAAGUGCCGCUUCGGCUGAGCGCUUGGCAUCUUCUUUCGCCACUGACCAGGAACCGUUUGUCCAUGUGACUUCGUCGCAGGAUGUUCCUGUACAGAUUAUGAAAGAUGCAGAUAUUGUUGUCUUGGGAUUCAAACCUUUCAUGGCCGAUGAUGUCCUCGGUACGAAGGGUGUGCGCCAGGCACUGGCUGGGAAAUUGGUGAUCAGUUUGCUGGCGGGGCAGACGCCGCAGAACCUGGCCCGGAUCAUUCGCGAGGGAACUGAUGGGGAGAUUGCAGAGCCAGUGAUUAUGAAGGUGAUUCCCAACAUGGGUGCUCAGUUCCGUCAAUCGAUGACUAUUAUCGAGACUCCAGAGCGGGAAAUACCUGCUUAUAUGACCGAGGUUGUGGAGUGGAUGUUCAAGCAGGUUGGCGCGAUCAAGUAUUUGCCUCAGAAUCAGAUGGAUCUUGGGUCUGUACUGGUUGGUGCGGCGUUGGCUGCUAUGACAGUUCCUAUUGAGGGCAUUCUAGAUGGAUGUGUGGCAGAGGGAUUGAAGAGACCCGAUGCUAUGGAGAUGGUUUUACAUGGCCUGAGGGGAUUAUCUGCUGCUUUGGAAUCCGGUAUUCAUCCCGCUGCUCUGAGAGAGAGUAUCUCGUCGCCUCGUGGGUGUACGAUCCAGGCGCUGUUGACUCUUGAGAAGGCAGGGAGUCGGUCGGAUUAUGCGGAGGCGAUUAUUAACGGUACGCAGCAUUUGAAGAAGGCUGAUAAAUAG